AGCCAGCGAGCGUGCGGCUCUGCGCAGUGGACAAACUCCCAACUUUUUUAAACUUUGAAUUAAAAAGUCUAUUUUGCUUUCUUUUUUCCCAGCUCGAAGAUUUUUUUGGGAAACAGAAAUCAGGAUCGUUGUUUGUAUUCUUUCUUCAUCUUUUGUUGUUUUAUAUUCACAGACAGACAAGAUGAGGCAGAAACGGUCAAAGAACUACAGAAAGCAGAUGGCGAUCUAUAGCCGCAACUUCCAGUUUCGACAACCGUACCAGGUUCUAGUCGACGGGGAUAUCGUAUACGAUGCGACAAAGUACAAAAUGAACCUGCCAAAGGCACUCGAAGGUGUUGUGCAGGGCACGAUCAAGCCAAUGAUCACCCAAUGCUGCAUAAAAUCUCUCUACGACCGAGGGCCGGACGCGAAGGAAGCCAUCGAGAUCGCCAAAACAUUCGAACGCCGCCGCUGCAAUCACCUAGAAACACCGCUCUCGCAAGCCGAGUGUCUCAACGCGGUCGUCAACAUCAAGGGAAAAAACAAGCAUCGCUACGUUGUCGCGACCCAGGAUCCCAGAGUCAGAGGCCAGUUCAGAGGAGUCGCGGCCACGCCGCUGAUUUACAUCAACCGAAGCGUCAUCAUCAUGGAGCCCAUGAGCCCUGCUACUGUUGCGGCCGCAAAGAGAUUGGAGGAGGAGAAGCUUUCCGCUGGACUUAACAAUCCUCGGUCACGAGCGUAAGGUCUGGCAUUUGGUUAUAUCGGGUUUCCUUGUUUUUGCCGGCAUUGUGUGUUUGUUUGUGCUGUAUUUUCUCGUGCGCGUUUUGUAUAUUAGGUUGGGUUCACAAAAAUGGAAAAGAAAAACUUAUUUUG